AUGUCCUGCUACGACAUCUGCCGCCCCUGCGGACCCACCCCGCUGGCUAACAGCUGCAACGAGCCCUGUGUCAGGCAGUGCGAGGACUCCCACGUUGUCAUCCAGCCUCCCACCGUGCUGGUCACCCUGCCAGGACCCAUCCUCAGCUCCUUCCCCCAGAACACCGCCGUUGGAUCUUCCGCAUCAGCUGCCGUGGGCAGCAACCUCAGCUCCCAGGGAGUGCCCAUCUCCUCUGGGGGAUUUGGAGGCUUUGGCCUGGGAGGCCUGGGCUGCUUCUUUGGUGGAAGAGCCUGCUACCCCUGCUAG